CUCUGUCCUAACCUUCACCUCUUCUGCAGAAAAUUCCUACUGUUCUUAGUUACCCUUCCCCCAAACUCAAAGGGUGUGGAUCCUAACCGUGGCAGGGCUACUCGAGCGUAGUGACCUCAGCUCCAGAAUCGGUAACUGCUGAGCCAAUGGGACUGGAGAUGAAGCGUUGGGUGGUCCCCAUUACACUGGGCCUGACUGUCUGCACAGCUAUUACCCUGGUGCUGACUCUCCUGGCCACUAACACCACCCUUCCCCCAGGAACCAAGUUUGGACUCGUGUUUGAUGCUGGCUCCUCGCACACAUCCCUCUUCCUGUACCAGUGGCCCUCGGAUAAGGAGAAUGACACGGGCGUGGUCAGCCAGACCAUGUCUUGUGAUGUGAAGGGCGACGGCAUCUCUAGCUAUGCUGGCAACCCUGAAGCUGCGGGAAGCUCCCUGCGGGAAUGUUUAGAUAAAGCGGUGAAGUUGAUCCCAGCAGCACAACUGGCCCAGACACCUGUGUACCUGGGCGCGACAGCGGGGAUGAGAAUCCUCAGCCUGCAGGACCCAAAGACUGCUGAUCGGGUCCUGGAGGAGGUGAGCAAGGCCAUCCAGGUGUACCCCAUGGAUUUCCGAGGAGCUCGGAUCAUCUCUGGUGCUGAGGAGGGAGCCUAUGGUUGGAUCACCAUCAAUUACCUCCUGGAUACCUUCACCAAGUUUUCAGUCAAGAAUGGAGACUGGAUCCGCCCUCCAGCAACCAAGGUGCUUGGGGCCCUGGACCUGGGAGGGGCUUCAACCCAGAUCAGCUUCUUCCCCAGUGGGACCAUUGAAGACCCAAGCACUGCCUCCCAUUUCCGCCUGUAUGGCUUCAACUACACCAUCUAUACACACAGCUACCUGUGCUAUGGGCAGGCCCAGGCACAGAAGCAGGUGAUCCUGAAGUUGAGCCAGGAGUCCCAGGGCACCCCUCUCCAGGUUGAGCAUCCCUGCUACCACAAGGGCUUUGAGGAGAAAGUGACGGCGAAGUCUGUCUAUGACAGCCCCUGCACAGCCUACCUGCAGCCAAGUGGUUUCAACUUGGACCAGAAGAUGACACUGGUGGGCACAGGCAAUGUCACCAAGUGCCAGCAAGCCAUCAGAGCCAUCUUCAAUUUUACUGCCUGUGGCCCCCAUCAUUCCUGUGCCUUCAAUGGCACCUACCAGCCGGACGUGAGCGGCCAGUUCUUUGCCUUCUCUGCCUUCUUCUACACCUUUAACUUCCUCAACAUCACCUCAGGCCAGUCUCUGUCUGAGGUCGUGAACACCAUUGAGCAGUACUGCAGCCGGAGUUGGACAGAUGUGGCUGAGAGUUACCCCAAACACAAUCCGAAAUGGCUGAGAGAUUACUGUGCUAAUGCCAACUAUAUCCUCAUCCUCCUCCUGGAAGGCUACAAGUUCUCUGAGAAGAGCUGGACCUCCAUCAGGUUCCAACAGAAAGCUUCAGAGACAGACAUUGGCUGGACCCUUGGAUACAUGCUGAACCUGACCAACAUCAUUCCGGUUGAGGCUCCCGAGCAUGUUCGUACUCAGAAGGAAGGGCUCUGGGUCACCUCCAUCAUCUUUCUUGUUCUAACCCUUGUUGCAGCCCUGGUCCUGCUGCUGGCAUAUUUCCUCUAAGGGAUCUCUUCCUGUUUUGGGGAGAGUUUGGGCAUGAAAUUCACUAAGGCCAAAUCAUCUCAAGGGUAUUUAAUAGCAACUGGAAGACAACAAAUAGAUAUGAGAUGGAGCAACUCCACUACUAUGUCUACAAUCAUCUAUUCCCAUAUUGACUGCAGUC